AUGUCCCUCGCAGCAUUCCGUCGGCACAACCAGCACGACGAGCUAGCCCAGCUAGCCGAGUCGCACUUCCAGCAUGACCUGACCACAGACGACCGCGAGGUUCUCAAAGGAGCUGCCAAAACAAUCAGCUGGCACGCAUCUCUCGGCUCCAUUGUCGGCCUUGGCCUCGGUUGCUUUCUUGCGUAUCGAGUCCGCGGGCUCCGGAGGAGCUGGUUCAACGAAUUUAGAACAUCUGAUCAGCCGAAGCAGGUCAUUUUCCAGAGCGGAAAGACAAUGGAUGUGCCAGACGUGACAUCGAAGCUGGCGCCGUCACCUGUAGGAGACUUUGCGGCGUACUUCUUCCUAGGCAUGGGAGGGCUGUUCCUCGGAGGCGAGACCGGUUUCCUGACCGGCUCGUCUAUAGCGGCCAGAAGGGUCAGAGCGGAUGCCGAGAGACGCAAGCGAGUCGAGGAUGCGUACCGAGCUUUCAAAAUCGAUUUGCUUCAGAAAGAGGUGAAAGCGCUUCAGCAAGGUGGUGCUGUCUGGGCGCUGAACUCAGCUCGACACUCACAGCCGUCCCUGAGAUACGCACAUCAGAAACAUGUACUUUCUGUGGCUGUCGUAAAAUCUGACGGCCGUGGCGAGGUGAAAUGGAUAACUCCAUUUUCGAUCCUGGCGCAGAUUUACUGGUCGUCACAAAUUCGCGAUAGCAACGCCAAGUCGGUCAAGACGGGGGGUAUAAUAUUCUCCGAGUCAACGCCAGCUGCUAACGAAAACCCGCUGAGUGCUCUCCAGGUCCGUCUCGACUCUCCACAACCAGUUCCCACGACGGCGGCGAAGAUGCCGACGUAA